UGGACGCCUGUCAGCGUCCUUUACUGCUGUUGGUAAGGAGGAGAAGGAGGAGGAGGAGGAAACAUCCGUAGCCAUUUCGGAUCGAGAUGCGCCGCUCUGGGCCAUGCGCCUGCUGCCGCCGCUGCUGACCCUGGCGCUCGGCAGACGAGCUCACGCACGCAGCGCCGCCACUGAUGGUAGCGGGCGCCCGCAUCCUCGCGAGCAGGCCGUGGUGGUAGCUGGGGACAGCGACGCGCCGCAUGGCCGCAAUGCCGCUUCGACGGCGGCGCUCGUCGAGGACAUCGAGAGGCGCGUGGUCCACGCGGGCGGCAACGUGGAGGGCGUCUUGGUGGCAUCUCUGGGGUGGUCGACGCCAGACGAUCUCGACCUACACGUGGCCAUCCCGGGCGGGCAGGAGAUCAGCUUCAGUAGCCGCCGCGCGGGCGGCGGCGAGCUGGACGUGGACAUGUGCGUGCACGGGCGCGGGGCUGGGUCCUGCGCGGAGAAGCCAGUGGAGAACGUCGUGUUCGCGGACUCGGCCCCGAAGGGCCUGUUCAAGGUGUACGUGCAGAACUUCAACUACCACCCCGACGUGCAAUCGCGCGAGGUGCAGGUGUCCCGCCUGCAGCAGGGCCAGCGGGCCACGAAGGAGGAGCGCGAGCUGCGCCUGACGGAGAAUCGCCCCGUGCUGUUCGACCUCCUGGUGACUGUGGAGGGUCGGCGGUACCUAUUCCUGGACUUGUGUACGCCGCCCAGCCGCACGCGCGGCGCCAGCAACGUCCGCGUGUUCGAGUUCGAGUACCUCCCCGGCGCCGAGGAGCCCGUGGCGAGCCAGUUCCGGGCGGCCAACAACUCGGCGUGCCUGGACCACAAGCGCCGGCUGAUCGAGGCCGGCGGCGGGGAGGUGGGCGAGCCUGGCCGAGCGCGGCAGCCCGCGCGCCCCCCGGAGCGGCCCGGCGCAAGCGGCAAGGGGCGGCCCGCCGCCGCGGGCGCGGGCUCGAAGGCCUCGCGGGCCCAGCAGCGGAAGCGCGCGGCGGCGCUGGAGGCGGUGAGAGCGAGUUCGCGCGAGGUGCUGCAGUCGAAACCGCUGCGCGCCCUGCGGGAGCUGCUGCAGGACCUCGGGGGCUUCUGCCGCGGAUGCGCCGAGAAGGCCGACUUCGUGGAGAGGCUGCUGGAGGCGGCGGGCGGCGACGAGCUGUGA